CAAAGGAUUCAAUUUUUUUCGGUUUGACACAUUUUAUAGUUAAGUUAAUAGCCAAGUUGAUGUGAAUAACACAUUACUGUCAUUAUAUAAAGUGUAAACGAUAUAUAUAUGUGUGUGUGUGUGUGCGAAGGUAUUACAGUACGAGGGCCUAAUUAAUUAUGGAUCCCCUAAUUCAACGGAAAGUCUUACAAUUUGAGACUUUUGUGAACGAUGUAUUGAAAACCGAUCUGGCAAAACUGGCUGAGAAACUUGACGCUAAGAAUGCUGACAUUGCCGAAUUUCUGCAAUUGAAAUCAGUGAUAACGACAUUUCAAAACACCAAUGUUGAGAAAACUGGUUUCAAAACCAAAGUCGAUAUUGGCAAUAAUUUCUUCAUUCAAGCACAUGUUUCAGAUGCUUCUAAUAUUUUAUUAGAUGUUGGUUUAGGACACUAUAUUGAAUUCACUUUGGAUGAAGCUUUAGUUGUUAUAAAUAUACGGAUCAAGUUACUUGAGCAACAAAUUGCGAAUUUACGGAAGGCGAUUGCAAGGACCAAAGCUCAUAUUAAAUUUAUUCUCAUUGCGAUUAGAAAUUUACAAGGAAUAAAAUAAAAACUAUUAUGACAAAACUUAAUAUAAGAAUUAAUAUAUAAUUUUAAGUAUAUUAAAAUAUAUUGAAGUGUACAAAACUUUGUUUUGUUUCUAACACAUAAAAGAAUUGCCCAGCAUAAAUAUAA